AUGGACUCUUCUGUUGCCCCCUCUUUGCCUAAGACACCUCAAUUGACUCCUGUCUUCCUUAUCAACUUGAAGCUUGGAGGUUUCCCUGUUCCUAUCUACGGCGAUAGCGUCAAGGACAAGCUGAUGGUCUUGGCCCAUGUCGAGAAGGGAGAGAUCACCACUGUCGAGAACUCGUUGGGCUUGGAGUUCAACGUCACCGAUAUUCACGGCUUUGACGACAUCACCAACCAGAAGUCUCAAGACAUCAACGAGUUGGACUGCAAGCUCUACGGUAAGACCCCUGAGGGAGCCGGCGUUUACAUCACAUACUAUGGAUUGAUCAAGUUGUUCAAAAACACUGUUGACGUCUUGACCAAGCAGUCCAUGAGCUGUCCCUUUGAGGAAUCCUACGUCACCUCCAACCCAAGAGUGACCUUGGACGAGCUGGCUGACGAGAAAUACAGAUGGGUGACCAAGGAGAACUUGUUGGGUAAGGGUAGAUUUGUGCGUGGGCCUAACGACUCGUUGUAUGUCCAGUACUACGUCUACGUUGUCCGUUAA